AAAUAGAAUUUAUAAUUAUUUUGGAAAGAUUUAAUUUUGUUAUUACCGGUUGUCGUUGCUUUGAACCUGUCGCUGGAUUUAGUGCUGCUGUUGUAAUUAUUGUUGACGUAGGGAGGUUUUGGUCUUCCCAUUUCUUUACUUAUUUCUUCUUUAAUUUUUCUUGAUCCUUCCAGCUCCAGAAAAGCUGCUAAUUUUAUGGGUCUUUUUGAUUAAAUUUAAAGAAGAUUUCUUUUUCUUUUUCUUUUUGUUUUGUUUUGAUUUUGUUGUUGAAAGUUUUGAUUUUGAUUACAUAUAUUGUAAAUGUGGAGCUACGCUGAGCCUGCUGAUUCUUACUAUGAAGUCCGCCCUGAAUGCACGGAUGUUCCUAAAACCCGAUUCAAGAUCAAGGCCGGUAAAACAUUAAGUGCAAGGAAAUGGCAGAGUGCAUUUUCUCCUGAAGGGCAUCUAGAUAUAGGCAAAACUCUAGGUCGAAUUCAGCGCGGUGGAGUCCAUCCAUCUAUUAGAGGGGAAGUUUGGGAAUUUCUACUUGGUUGUUAUGAUCCUAAAAGUACAUUCGAUGAAAGAGAACAAAUACGACAGGAUAGAAGGAUGCAAUAUGCUCGCUGGAAAGAAGAUUGCCGUGACAUUUUUCCUGUUGUUGCAAGUGGACGGUUUAUUACAGCACCUGUAAUCACUGAGGACGGUCAGCCCAUUCAGGAUCCAUUAGUAGUAUGGGAGACGAGUCAAGACAAGUCCUUAAGUUCUACUUCAUCAGAUGUUAAUGCUAUUGCUUGUACUUCAGAAAUGGUUAAAGAGCUUACCAGUCAUGGUCCUUUAGACAAGAAAGUAAUUCAGUGGUUGCUUACCUUACACCAAAUAGGUCUAGAUGUGGUUCGGACGGACAGGACUUUGGUUUUCUAUGAGAAGCAAGAUAACUUGUCAAAACUUUGGGAUAUCCUUGCUAUUUAUUCCUGGAUUGAUACAGAUGUUGGCUAUUGUCAAGGGAUGAGUGAUCUUUGUUCCCCGAUGAUAAUGCUUCUUGAAGAUGAAGCUGAUGCAUUUUGGUGCUUUGAACGUUUGAUGCGUAGAUUGCGAGGAAAUUUCAGAUGCACCGAGAGCUCAGUUGGUGUGGAGACGCAGCUAAAUAAUUUAGCCUCAAUUACUCAAGUUAUUGAUCCAAAACUACAUCAGCAUUUAGAUGCACUUGGCGGAGGUGAUUACUUGUUUGCUUUUAGGAUGCUCAUGGUUUUAUUUCGCCGAGAAUUCUCAUUUUGUGAUUCACUCUACCUCUGGGAGAUGAUGUGGGCCCUCGAAUAUGACCCUGACAUGUUCUCUAUAUAUGAAGAGCCUGAAUCUAGUGAUAAAGCUGAAGGAUCUAAAGGAAAAGCUAAGUCUAUACGCCAAUAUGGGAAAUUUGAAAGGGAAAAUAUGAAAAACGGGGCAGGGAAUUCAGAAGCUCCCCUCCCCAUCUCUGUUUUCCUUGUUGCCAGUGUGCUGAAAGAUAAGAGCUCAAAGUUGUUGCAAGAGGCUCGGGGCCUGGAUGAUGUUGUUAAGAUACUGAAUGACAUGACUGGAAAUCUAGAUGCUAAAAAAGCCUGCACUGGUGCUAUGAAACUUCACAAGAAGUACUUAAAGAAGGCCAAGAAGACGUAGCAUUUGGUUUGACGACAGACCAGAUAUACACAUUUUUUUACGCCAUCAAAAAAAUAUCACGAUGCAGCUGUGAGCUGUUGUGUGUUUUGGUGUGGCAAAUGAUAAUAGCUGUUCUUCCACACAAAUCAUGGCUUGGAGAUUACAGAAUUGUACAAUAGCUCCAACCUGGUAAAUUCUCAUAUACAAUGGAAUCGUGUAGUGAAAGACUCCUUAUUUUCGUCUUCCUCAUCAAUUGUGUAUCAAAAAAAUUCAUUUAGAUGUAAACUACACAAUCCAUGUUUGUAAUACAUAUCAUAAUCUUUUUACACUCAUUGAAAUAGAAAGAACUCUAAAUGAGUCUAGUACUCAAUUUCUGGGCA